GGUCAAACCAAAGUGAAGCGAGCCGGUCAGUGCUGCGACGAAUGCGCCGCCGCCAAGGGAAGCUGCCUGUACGAGGGCGCGGUUCGUUACCACGGCGACAUGUGGAACGGCACGGGCUGCGAGUUCUGCAGCUGCAACCGGGGUCAGGUCCUCUGUCGGUGGGCCGAGUGCGGCCGCGUGGAGUGUCCUCAGGGAUCCCAGCUUGUUCAUCUGUCUGGAAAAUGCUGCCCGGAGUGUUCCUCUGAGAAACCGUCCUGUGUGCACGAGGGGAAAUCCUACAAGGACACGGCUCAGUGGACCGAUGGCAGUUGCCGUGAGUGUGAAUGCCGCGAUGCCCAGGUGACUUGUUAUCUGCGGUCCUGCCCCACCUGUCCUGCAGGCACCCUGGCUGUCACCCAGGAGGGCCGGUGCUGCCCCGAGUGUCAGCAAGUUCAGUGUCACGCUGACUGUCUGUCAUGUUCCGGAACUCCUGACCACUGUGAGAGCUGCAGGGACCCGAAGGCCGUCCUCCAUCUUGGCCGCUGUCUGUCCAUCUGUCCGGCUGGAAACUAUCCAGAAGGACGAGUGUGUAAAGCCUGCCACUCGACCUGCUCCGCCUGUUCCAGCCGGUGGGACUGUCAGUCCUGCGGCUCCCAGAAGGCCCUGCUGAGCGCCGAGCGUGACCAGUGCCUGACCUACUGUCCCCCCGGCUCCUACCAGCACGACCAGACACACUGUCGCCCCUGCGACUCGUCCUGUGCCUCCUGUUUCCCUGACAACCCCAAGUGUAUGAGCUGCCCCCCAGGGACCGCUCUGCAUCGUGGGAAAUGUAUUGCCCAGUGUCCGGCUCAGCAUUAUCUGGACAACCACAGCAGAUGCAGAGCCUGCCACACCUCCUGCUCCUCGUGCUGGGGUCCCUCGGUAUCCCAGUGCACGUUGUGUCCGGACGGGCUCCUUCUCCACCAGGGCCAGUGUGUGGAGGCCUGCGGGGAGGGACUGUACUCGCAGGACAACACCUGCCACAACUGUCACCCGUCCUGCCGCUCCUGCGUGGGACCGCUGGCCUCAGACUGCCUCCGCUGCCUCAAACCAGAGGAAGCCCUCCUGCCGCAGUCCAGCCUCCUGCAGCACGGCGUCUGCACGGCUGCAUGUCCCGCGCGCAGUUUCCUGGACGACCUGCAGACGUGCCGAGAGUGUCAACCCUCCUGCCUGCAGUGUGCUGGACCUUCUGCAGACAACUGCACAUCCUGUCCUUCCCCGUCCAGCUUGCACGAGGGUCGAUGUGGCCCCUCCUGUCCCCAGGGCUUCUUUAUCCAGGACAGCGAAUGCGAAGCGUGCCACCCGUCCUGCCAGUCCUGCUCCGGCCCCUCCCAGGCCGACUGCACCUCCUGUCCCCCGCUGGCCUCCCUGCAGAGCGGCUACUGCAGGACGAGCUGCCAGGACGGGCAUUUCCUCAACGCUGCCACUGGAGAGUGCCUCAAGUGUAGCUCAGACUGCCAGCGCUGCACAGCCGACCUGCAGACGGGCAUCGGCAGCGUGUGUCUGUGGUGCAAAGAGACGAGGACCUGGCUGCUGGGCGAUCACUGCACCUCGCACUGUCCGCGGGGCCACUACGGCUGGCAUGGAGCCUGCAUGAGAUGCCAUUCGUCAUGUGAGGCCUGUAGUGGGGCGGGGCCUCUCGCCUGUACUUCCUGCCACGGCAACAGCGUUUUGCUGGCGUCGGGCCUCUGUGCUCCCAGAUGUCCCCUUGGUUACUAUGACAACGGUCACAGGAUCUGUCAGGCCUGCGACAGCCAGUGCCAGACGUGCGACAUGGCCGGAGUCUGCACGUCCUGCCGCGACCCGGCCAAGGUGCUGCUGUUCGGAGAGUGCCAGUACGACAGCUGCGCCCAUCAGUACUACCUCAACGCCACGACCCGCGCCUGCAGAGAGUGCGACUGGAGCUGUAACGCCUGUAGAGGCCCUCUGAGGACGGACUGCCUGCAGUGCAUGGAAGGAUACGUGUUGCAGGAUGGAGUGUGCACCCAGGGGUGCUCCCCCGGCUCCUACCGGGAUGGAGACAGAUGCCUCGGUUGUGAUGAGCACUGUGUGCAGUGUCGAGGUCCCGGGCAGUGUCAGCAGUGUCGUCCUCCCUACGCCACCCUGCAGGGUCAGUGUGUCCUCGAAUGCGGCAGAAACUACUUCCUGGACGCCUCCACUCAGUUCUGCAAACCUUGUUCAUCUGACUGCGCUCUGUGUGACGGGGUCGGACGCUGCCGAGCUUGUCGGGACCAAACCUUCCUCAUAGAAGGAUACUGCGCCCCGGACUGUGGUCACGGUUACUACGCCGACCAGAAGACCAGGACCUGCCAGG